UAUUACUCAAAACUUUAGGAUUAAAGUGAAAUUAAGGCAACGAUAGUUGCUUUAUAAAAUAUUUACAGAGAUCUCUCUUAGCAUCCUUUUUUUUUCUUCCUUUUUAUUAUGAUUCUGUCUGAAACCCAGCAACAACCUUAACUUAAAAUUACUAAACAAACAAAACCUUAUAAUCAUUCAUCUAGUGAAGCUGACUUUUCCGAUCUGAUCGACAGUUCGUUUUGAUCUCUCAGAUGCUCUGUUGAAAAUUCUCUUAAAUUUCUCUACCGAGUGAGUUCUUCCCUCAAUUUUUGCCCUGAUUUGAAGCUGGAUUCAUUCUAUGAAGUUAAACUAUUCAUUUGGGUCUAGUAGCCCCAAAUCUUACAAGGCAUAUCCAAGGGGUGAUUUUGACUUGGAAUCUGGGAACCUUAAAAGAUCAAGAAAGGUAAAAGGUUCAAAUUUUUACCCCAUCAAAAUGCUUAAAUCAUUGGGAAAACGAAUUCAUAGUUAUUACAAGCUUCACCCAGCUAUGUUGUUUAUGAUAUCCUUGUCAAUUGGGGUCAUUAUUCUUAUUGUAUUAUCUGUUUCUGAAAGGCGAUUUCGGAUGAAUGGUAAUUAUGCAAGAUUUGAUAAGGGUGUGGAUGCUGCAUAUCCAUUUUCUAAGUUUAGGAAUCUUGUUAUGGUUGCUGGACAUUCAGUUUAUACAAGUAGUAGUUGUGAGAAAGUUGAUAAGGAGGAUUCUUGGUUUUUAGAGUCUUAUCAAAAGCACCCUGGUCAAGCUGCAACCUUUGUGCAACAUAUACAGAAGGGGGUUGAAAUUACAGCGGAUGACGAUGAUGCAUUGCUCCUCUUCAGUGGUGGAGAGACGAGGAAAGAUGCUGGGCCGCGAAGUGAAGCUCAAAGUUACUGGACUGUUGCUGAAUCUAAAGGGUGGUUUGGCAAGCAAGAAAGUGUAAGAGGGAGGGCACUCACUGAAGAGCAUGCGAGGGACAGUUUUGAGAAUCUUCUCUUUAGCGUUUGUCGGUUCAGAGAGCUUACUGGCACUUAUCCACAUAAUAUAACUGUUGUAGGAUAUGAUUUCAAGGAGAAGAGAUUUAAGCAUCUGCAUCGGUCUGCAAUUGGAUUUCCAGAAACAAGAUUCUUUUAUUCAGGGACAUCAUCUUCCCAAACUUCAAGGGAAGCAGCUUUAAAAGGAGAAGCACUGGUGAGAACACAGUUUCAAGAAGAUCCUUACGGCUGUAAAGGUUCUCUUCGUCGCAAGAAACUUGGUCGUGAUCCUUUUCAUCGUUCAAUCCCUUAUCCUAAUGGGUGUCCUGAAAUUGAGGGUUUGUUCAGAUAUUGUGGAACAGCUCCAUAUUCAGGUUCCCUACCUUGGGCCUAAUAGAAUUUCAUAGUUCUGAAAAAUUAGAAGAUAGCAAUUAAAAGCCAAUGUCAUAAAAUAUAGGUAGCUUCUUCUAUUAUUUGUUCCUAUGUACUUACUACCUUUUCUUUCUUGUAUUUUUUUAUAUUGGAAUAGCAAGGAACUAACUUGUCUGCUAGUGUAGAGAAUAAAACGGCAAGUUCAGUCUGGUUUAAAAGAUAUUAUAGAUACUGUCGAUUAUUUAAAAAAUGCAGCAUGCUACCUGGUGUCA